AUGAAAAGGCAGCACAGCAGGAACCCAGGAUGCAGCCUGUCCCUUCUGCUGGGAUGGUUUGCAUUUGUCGUGAGCUGCUCACAGAAUUCUUCCUUCCACAAAGCUGCCCUGGGCCUGAGGCACUGCAGCACUGCUAUAAAAGGCAGCCCAGCUCUCUGCUCUCUCGUCCACUUCUCACACCUCCUUCUUUGGAUCCAGGUGAGUCUGCAGCCUCUUCUUCAACAUCAGAUCAUGUCCUGCUGCAAGCCCUGUGAGCCCUGCUGCCAGCCCUGUGGCCCAACCCCACUGGCCAGUAGCUGCAAUGAGCCCUGCUGCAGGCAGUGCCAGAGCUCCACUGUGGUCAUCGAGCCCUCCCCUGUGGUGGUGACCCUGCCUGGACCCAUCCUCAGCUCCUUCCCUCAGAACACUGUUGUGGGCUCCUCCACCUCUGCUGCUGUUGGCAGCAUCCUCAGCUGUAAUGGAGUGCCCAUCAGCUCCGGGGGCUUUGACCUCUCCUGCAUCACCAACCGCUACUGCUGCCGCCCCUGCUAG